AUGGUAGGAGUCAAGAACAGGUACAUGGUGUUUGAAGUCUUUGUCGAUCCUAACAGAGACAGUCCAAGAGAUGAACCCAUUGUUCUUAGCCAGUUCAGUGUGGCUAAGGCUAUCAAAGACAGUGUCCUCAUAAACUUUGGGGAAUGUGGUCUUGCUUCCUCCCUAGGAUCAUUCCAGGGUAAGCUUUAAACGUUGACUUUUUCAUCGAGGCCAGGGUCUGCUCUGAUGAAAAAGCCAUAUAAUAAUUAGUUGGCUCAGAUCAAAACAUACAACUGUUGCUCUUAGCAUGCCAAUUGUAAUAUUUUUCAGUCAAGUAUGUGAAUCCUGUCACAAAAGUUUGCAUCAUUCGAGCUUCAAGGGAAGCUCACCAGAGAAUCUGGUGUGCAAUUACCCUCAUCCGGAGCAUUGGAAACUGCCCAGUUCUAUUCAAUUUGCUGGAUCUGAGUGGUGAGUCAACUUCUCUUUGCAUGUAAUCUGUGCAAGUACGAACUGAUCCUUGAUUGUGUAUGUGCAUUGUCACUUGAAAAUUUUCCUUAAUAUACACUAUCUUUUUGGUCUUUAAUGGAAAGAAAUUAAUACUGUCCUUCAUACUUUAUGGGCGUCAUGUCCUGUAUCCUUCUGUCAUAUUUAAUGAAAACUUUGUAUCUAAAGAAAUAUUUAAAAAAUAAUAAUCAGGAAAAUGAACUGAAUGAUUUCAUUUGUUUUUGAAACCAUGGUAUGUGAUAUGAUCAGCUGGUCUCCUGCAAUUAUUUUGCUUUAGAAUCGAGCAUUUCAGUUCCCAUCUUCUAUACUAUCGAAAUCAAUUCAAUGACCCGAGUGAUUUCAUUGUUCUUGAAGCCAUCAUAAAUGAUAUUCUUAUCCAGCCUCCUGCAUGAUUUUGUUUCAAAUUUAAUAUUUUAUUUCCCAUAAUUAAUGCCAUCGAAAUAAAUCAUAUUAAGUUACCUUAAAACUGAUAUCAGGCGACAUAAAUAGAAACAUCAAUAGAAAAAUGAACUAAAUGAUCCCUUUUCUAUUUGAACCCAUUGUUAUGUGAUAUUUCUUAUCCAAUCUCUUGCGACAUUGUGCUUCAAAAUGUGAAGUAUUUUAUUGGAUAUUCCCAAUACCGUUGAAGUCAACCAUAAUGAAUUCCACUAAAAACUUAUAUCAAGGGAAAUAAUCAGAAGCAACAAUCAACACAAUGACCUGAAUGAUCUCUUCUGUUCUUUAACCCGUUGGAUCUGAUAUUGUUAGCUGUUCUCCCGCAAUUAAGUAUUUCAUUUCCAUUCCUAAUGUCGUCAAAGUCAAUGAUAAUGAAUGAAUCACAUAGAACUCUUGUAUCAAGGGAAAUAACCAGAAACAGCAAUCAGGAAAAUGACUUAAAUGAUCUUUUUUUUUUCUUAAACAACAUUAUGUUUUCAAAAUUGACCAUUUAUUUUCCAUUCUCAGUAACAUCGAAAUCAAUGAUAAUUAAAGCCUUACCUUUUGUUUAUCCAUGCGGCAGGAUGCAUCAGAGCAAGCAAAUCUGCAGCUUUGAAAUGCGACGAGGCCAAGUUCGAACACUACAAGAUCAUCGCCGGUGACCGUCUCUCAUCCGAGACUGUCCGACUAGCCAAGAACUGCUUUGAGAAGAUCAAGAUCUUGGAGCAUUAG